AUGACUCACUCCUUCAGUUUCUUCAACAGCCCUUUCCUUUCCGAUGUCACCAUCCGUCAGGUCAGCAACGGCAAGAAGACCGACUAUCACGGUCACAAGGCAGUUCUUUGCGCCCACUCCAGCUUCUUCCUCAAACUGUUCAGCGAGAACCCGGUGAAGCAAGAGAAUGGCAACGUCAUCGAGCUGCACGACGACGACCCGCUACACUUUCAACGCAUGCUGAAGUUCCUCUACACGAGCGUACUCGAAACUCACACCCAGACUAAUGCCCUUCACUUGUACACCAAUCCGAUCGCAAUGUACGCCCUGGCUGUCAAAUACGGUGUGGAGCAGCUCAAAGUUCGUGCAGUUGCCAAGUUCCCUUCGGAUUGGUUCCUUUACCAAAAUGUCGAUUGGCAUGCCGAGGUUGCCGAGGCUCACUACUCCCGUUGCAACGAAGUGGGAGACCAGAUGGGCAUCGCCAUUGCCCGAACCUUCCUGAGGGGCGCCAAGAAGUUCGUCAAGAGCCCCAAAUUCCAGGAGACAAUCAAGAAGUACCCCGUUCUCGCUGCGGACGUGCUUUCUGUGAGUCCCCUUGCCGAGGGUAAGCUUUGGUAG